AUGGGAGGCAGACAGAUCCGGCCCGCAAGGGUCCUACAAACAGUCACCGAAGAGCUCAACCACACCAUCCUCGGCGGCAGAUCCAUCCCUACGCCGCCAUGGUACAACAUCAUGCAAUCCGUUCCUCCGGCCGAGACACUGGUUCGAAACGUCACCCCCCGUCUAACGGGGCCGAAAUCCAAAGCGAAAAAGCCAAGGAAUCUCUAUCGACCUCAACAGAUAAAGUAUAUUGAGGAUGGCCUGCGAACAACGUUCUAUCAAGAUCAUCCUUGGGAGUUGGCGAGGCCUCGUGUUAUUCUUGAGUCGGACGGAAAGGAUUACCAGCACUGCGAUUGGAGCAAGGGUUUGAGACAGCCUAAUAUUCCCUUGACGGGUGAAUGGCAAGUUUCUCUGGAUCCGUGGGCUGAUGGAAUAAAGCUAACAUUCUAUAGUGUUGUUCAACGGCAAUUAUGGUUGAUGGAGAAAGAGAAGCUCUCAGUGAAAAGGGCAUACGAUAUCACGCGCCGCGAAUUCUACCGUCUACGUCAAGAGGAAGAGAUCGAGAAACGAGUGGCCCUCGAGGAAGCCAAGCACGUGGGCGCUUACUUUGGCAAGUCCCGCAUUGAUGUUUCGCACCAUCUCGAGGACCGAGAGUUCGAGAACUGGAAGAUCUGGGCUGGAAAGGAGACGGAGCGUCAAGAGGCGAGUCGCAACUCGGAGAUCGAGGACUUUGGUCUUGAGGAGGUGGAGGAGGACAUCGCAGAUGAUGCGGGGCCAGAGGAGAAGGCCGAGGCUGUUGAGGGCAAGAAAUCACCUUGA